AUGCACGCGGUGCUCAGCAAUGCCAUUGUGCGGCUCGAUGGCGUGAUCAACUCGGAUGGCGCGCUGAAGCUGGAGGCGAACGGGUGGCAGCUCCCCUUCGGCAUCCAGACGCUGCGGUCCUGGCUCGUGCUCGCGGGGGUCUUCGCGCGGAAGUGCCGCAACCACAUCGUGCUGGUGUUGUGCGGGCACGUCAACAUCUUGGCGGACACAGUGAAGACCACGAGUCCAUCGUAUGGAGCUGCGUUCAAGGCUGCAUCGAUGGAUGUCAAGAUGGCCUGCAGCUUCUUCGACAACAAGUUGGGCCCAGUGAUCGAGGCUUACAGCGACUUGCACGGCGGCCUCUCGCGCUUGAGUCUUGCGGCCGACCUCAUGAUGCUGACGCCCGCCGUGAGCGACCGCGAGCUGACCAGCCAGACGGUGGCAGUCGGCGUGGAGAUGCUGGGCAAGGCCAACCAAGUGUGCGUGCUGAUCAGGGGGUCCUUCCUGAUCGCAGAGCACACGCACACCCCCGACGGCAGCCGCCUCGCCCGAGAGUUCAUAGAAAAGAGCCACACGCAGAAGACGAUCGGCAUUCCAGAGUGUUUCUGGGCAGAGCUCGAGGCCAUGCAAGACGCCAGCACCGAGGACAUGCGCACAGUCGACGGCGGCGCUGCUGGCUCAGCCUCGGGCUGCGGCACGCCCAGGCCCAAGCAGAAAGAGAACGCCAGCCACAUCGGAUCUGGCUCGAAGGUGCCAGCAGUGAAGGCCGAGGCUGGCGAGUCGGCGGCAGCGACGCCGACCGCGCCUCCUCCGACAGCGGCGAAGGCCGCUAGCGUCGGAGGCGGCGGCGGCGGCCUUCGCCGCACCAAGCGCAAGGAGUAG